AUGGCAAAACAAACACAUUGCGCAAAAAAUGGAGGAGAACGGAUGUCUCAGAGGCCAAAGAGUGUGGAGGCCAUUGCAGAAACAGGGUGUAUUAACUGCAACAGGGAAAGAUGGGAGCAUUCACGUCAGGAACCUUUCACAAAAUUUACUUCAGCAAAGAGAUCAGAGGAGUGCACCGAACUGCACGUCUAUUCCACACUUUAAGGUUUAGGUUUGUGACAGGAGUGAGUGGUAUCGUGGAGUAAGGGGGUGAGGUGGGGACGAUAAGGAUGGCUGUCAAACCACACGGCUCCCUGCUGAAGAAACACAGCCAGACUGACCUGGUCAGCCGGCUGAAGAGUAGGAAAAUCCUUGGAGUCGGAGGUGAAGAUGAUGAGGGUGAAGUCCACCGAUCAAAGAUCAGCCAGAUGUUGGGAAAUGAAUUCAAGUUUGCUCUUCAUGAGCCGUUUGGACUCAGGUACUGGCAGUUCAUCUCAGCAGUCAUCUUUUCUGUUGCUGGAAUUCUGGCUCUGGUGUUUCCAAGAAUGCUGCAUAGUUGGCUGUUCCAGGGAGAUUACAAGUUGUCCUGCAUCGCAUCUCUCCGACUGCACAGUGGCGCAUUACUCAGCAUUGCUCUGAUCCUAUGGAAUGCCUUUUACACAUCCGAGAAGGCGAUUAUUCGAUGGACACUUCUAUCAGAGACCUGCUAUUUUGUUGUGGAGUUUCUAGUGACACUGGUUUCAGCCAUGGAUCAAGGCUUGUUUUCUCAGGAUGUGGGAUUCUUGCUCUUGAGUUGCGCAAUAUUUGGGGUCUUGUCACUUUUCUAUUAUUUACAAGUUGGACGGAAACCCAAGAAGAUCUAACCCAUCAACCAACAGGAGGGACUCACAUCUGGCUUUCAGUGUAAAUCGAAACACUUUGAAUCAAGAGGCCCCAUUGACCCACCCUCGCCCCCAACCCUGUGUCACCUUCGGCCAGAAGCACCCAUUAAGUGGCUGAUUUCUGGGGCGAAGUAUGAGACAUUUUCCAGUGGGCAAGCAUGGCUACACACAUUAAGUAUAGACAUGAAGUGAAGGCUAAUCCUAAUCUCAGAAGAGUAGCUUUACAUAAGGGUUGUCAAAUGUGGUUGUAGACAUCCUUUGAUGUAUGACAGUCAAACAUGGCUAGUCUCGUGAUGGCUGUAAACAUUGGUCUAUUCACCUGAUGUGAGAUUUGGGCUGUAUUUGAAAGCAUAUGCUGGUGGUUUCACCUCCACAGAUUUGGUAUGAGGAACUCCAAGAAAUCGCUGAUGUAAGAUGGUGCCGGGGAACCAAGGGAGGAGUGGGGAAACACACAGGGGUAACAAAGGGAAGGGGAGAAGCAAGUUAUGGAAGGGGUCAACCAAAGGAGUUGGGGGAGAGAAAAACUGAGGGGAGAGAUGCAACUGAGGGAGGAAGAAUAGAAUAACCGAGGGAGAGAGGUAUCCAAGGGGGAAAACCAAGGGAGAUGGGAGUUAUUGAAGGAGGGGUUAGCUAGGAAAUCUGAAAGAGGGGGAAACCAAGAGUGUAGGAAAGGGGUAAACUGAAGGAGUAAGACAAAGGGGUAACUGAGGAGGAUGGAAGGAAAACUGAAGAAGGACAGAGAGGUGACUGAAGGACGGGGAGGAAAAAUUAAGGGAGAGGGGUAACAAAGGGAGAAAAUUGGGGAAAACUGAAGGAGAGGGAGUUUAAGGGAGGGAGAAAGGAAAACUGAGGGAAAGGAUUAAUCAAGGGAGGAGGAGAGAGGUAACUGAGGGAGGGGGAUGGGAAAAUUAAGGAAGGGAGUAACCAAGGGAGGGAAGGUGAAAACUGAAGAGAGGCCAACUUAAGGAGGUAGAAAGAAAGAGGGAGGGGUAAUCAAGGGAGGGGAAGGAGCAAGACAAAGGAGAAACUGAGGGGAGGAAAAGAAAACUGAGGGAGAAAAAAGGGAAAAACCUAAAAUGGGAGCAUUAAUGAAUUUGUAACUUUCUGUAAAUGUUUCCAUUCCAAAAUAAACAAAUCCACUGAGAACUGGAACAUCAGCCAAAGCUCAAAGUUUCUCCUCACACACCAAAUUCUGAAUCACUGUGGGAGGGGCUGAGUAGAGAUUGUGUGGGUUGGGGGUCAAGAUGGGUGUAGUGAGCUUCACACAAGAUGUUACCACGUUUGUUGCAAGAAUGUGGUUUUCAGUUUAACUUGCAAACGAUGGCUUUGAUAAAAAGAGACAUUUUAACGCACUCGCAUAUCUUGCUGCAAAGCCAGGUGGCAAACAGUUAUCAUUGUCCCUUUCUCUCUGAGUUUCUAUUCUGUACCUGGGUCGAAUUCAAUAAAAAGGUAAACUUGUAAGAAAAA